AUGCAGGACCAUUUGCGAGAGAUUGAAGGCACAUUGGCAAGGAAGAAUGAAAGGCAAAGCACUUUGCUCUACAAAUUGGCGAAACGCAAGGCUGAGGAAGAACGUCUCUCUCGCUUAGGAGUACGCUCUAUUCCAUCCAACCCUCUCGACGUUACAGACGUUAAGGUUGUCAAGUAUGCUCUUUUUAAGUUGAAGCAAGAAAUCGGUGAUAAAAUUGCGAAGAUACGCAAUUCAGAGUUGCUCAGUAUUGAAAGUCAAGGGGAGGUUGUUAUUCGAGCUAAGAACGACGAUAUAAAUCACCUUAUUUCUAGAAGAAAUUUAUGGGAGCGAAGAAUGGCUACACUUAGUGGACAGAGCUAUAAGGCCCCACCGUCUAGAAAACUCUACUUUGGAUGCGCCAAGGGGCUUCCAGAAGCUCGAAAGGGUAUAGCACAAGAUGAUCAUGGCCACGAAGAUGAUGUAAUGGAGGAAGUCGAGUCUGAAUCAGUUGACUCGCAUAUUUCUGAAGACGUGCCUUCUCAUCCGAGCAGCACGUACCUGAAACAGCUCAUGGCUCAUAAUUUAGAGGACCUUUUACGUAGCGCUGAAAUGGCCGCAGAGCGACGUCUCAGAUCGGAAUUGGGGGAAGAACAUGUUGGCACAGCGGAAAAACGAAGCCGCGAGGAGAACACCGAUUACAAUGUGGACGUGGAAUUACCCCCCGAGGAGGGAUUUAGGCGGAAGAUUUUUGAUAAACGGAAGGAUAUGCUUCAAACUCGUCUCAAAUCCUUAAAAAAAUAA